GGUCUUCUACUCGCUCCGCAACACGAUGAUUCUUUUCUCUUUUCCCUCCUGAUUUUCUCUCGCUCCCCCAUCUCUCUCUCUCUCUCUCUCUGCCUGUGGCUUCUCUCCCUCCCUCCCUCCCCAUCCGGUCAUGGAGGGCCAUUCGGAAGACCCUGGUGCCCCUGACUCCUGGGAAUCGGCCGAUUUGGAGGAGGGCGUCAAGCGCCUGUUGGUCUCCACUCCCUCCUCGAGGAGGUCCCCUCCUGAAUUCUCAGAUGACGAGCCCCAAGUCGGCCCACCGCAGGCGGCUGGGGUUGCCGAUGCUUCCACUUCCUCCUCCUCCUCCUCUGCUGCAGCCGCGUCUGAUCGAAACAGCGCCUUUCUUGAGGCAGUUGCCCAGGUCGACCCGUUCCUCCGCGAAGCUCUUCAGAACCCUCGCGAACGCCUGUCGAUUCUGCGUAUGGAGCAAGACGUUGAGAAGUUCAUCCAUGACCCUAGGCAACAACAACUUGAAUUUCAGCAGCUUCCUACAUCCUACCUGCGAUUGGCGGCCCAUCGGAUUGCCCAACAUUACUAUCUUCAAUCAAUGGUUGUGUUGGACAAUAACUUAGCUGACAGUUCUGGUUCUAAGAUUGUAUUACGUAAAAUACCUGGUUCCAGGCUUCCUCUAGUUCGGCUGGCUGAUAUACCUGUAAAUCUACCACAAGAUGACAACAGUAAGGUGGUCAAGGUGGCCAUCAAACAGCGCCCUCAGAAGUUGGUCCAGUCCUUUAGCAACACAAGCCAUCAUUCUUCCAAGGCAAAUUAUCUGAGAAGCGUUGAAGAAAGGAAGGAGGAGUACAAUAAAGCCCGUGCAAGGAUAUUUAGCCACAACAAUAGUAGCAGCUUUGGGGCAAAGUCUGAAAGUGAUCAAGCUGUCUCAGAGAGUUCACAACAUAGCCCUUCAUUGACUAGGGUGGAGGAGAAAACUUUGUUUGAGGGCUCGGAAAUUAACUCUGGGAAAGGCUUAGGUGAAUCUUCUUUGGGUGGUGCAAGGUCAAAUCGGAACAGAAGUGACAAAGAAAUUGUUGGUAGGUCGAAGCCAAACAGCAGAGUGGCCAUUUUCAGAGAUCGGGACCUUGACCGGAAGGAUCCUGAUUAUGAUCGUAGUUAUGAUAGGUACAUGCAGAGAUUUGACCCUGGUUUUGGCUUCACCUCUGGGCCCUACACCAUACAGCCUAUGUAUUCUCCAGCGAUUAACUACAAUACCGAGUUCCCCCAGCUUGGAGCUGCAUCCCUUAGGCCUCAGAUUCCUAUGGAGCAUGCACCUAGAGCAGUUACUCAGCAUCCUCGUGGACCAUGGGCAGCAACUGGAUCUACAACGGCAAUAAAUUAUGCUCCCCAUGAUGGCAUGAUGACUCCUUUCAAUCCUCCCCAUGUGGGAGGACAUUCUUCUUCUGCCAUCUAUCUGCAGUCAUCUCAGUAUGCUUGUCCGCGUCCUGGAUUGCCAUUUCUAAAUCAGCAUGAAUCUGUUCACCAACCAUUUCCACAGCAGCCUCACCAACAGCAGUCUGAAGCUAGUUUUGGAUUAGGCCGGCCCCGUUGAGGGGCUUCGGCCAUGCCUGCAUGCCUGCCAGCAAUGGGCUUCCGAUUUCGAUCGGCAGAGAGUCCAUGGGUGCAACAAUUUUUUGAAUUGGCAUGGCAUGCAGGCAUGAAGGCUGAGACUGAAUGGAGUGGCCACGUUAAAAGAUCAUGUCACAGACACCGCAUCAAGCCGCUCCAUCAUUCUCAGUUCUUGAGGGCAAACGCAUGGCUUUUCAACCGUUAUCUAGCCCCUCAUGAGCUUGGUAAGCCAUGCUUUUGGCCUAUGCGUGAAGACAGAAUAGCCAUCCGUAAUCUGGAUGUGUACAUAGACGGUACCAAUGAAAUGCCACUUGAUGGACCGCUAUCCACAGCAUUUCCUCCUGUGAAUACAAGUGGACCAUACGCCGCGGAGGCCAGUAAGGAAUAUCAGGAGAUGAGACCUAGUAGCAAACGAACAGUGCAUAUUUGGGGAGUUGGCUCUUCAGUGCUACCUUUGACAUGUAUUUGGCGCUCCUCUCAUGCGAUGUCUAGAAACCCGUCUAAAAUCUAGCGUCCGAGCUGUUCUGCCACUUGUGCAAACUGGUCUGCAUGUUCCUUGCAUCCUGGUGUCUUGUUCUCCUGUACAUGCUAUGUGUCCAUGUUUGGUGGGUUCAUUUAGGUUCUUUCUUUUUGGAUGAGACAUUCGUCUUUCCGGUAAAUCGUCGGGAGAUGGCUUUUUCUGUAAAUAGCCUUUUCUACUUUAAGGGGUGUGGUAAAGGCCGCACCUGUGAGACCGGUAAGGGUCCGACUUUUUUUCCCAGGGAAGUUUUCCAGUUGGUGUUCGUUGCCGUAUUCACUGGAUAAUAUUGGCGUACAUCUUUUUUAUGUAAAGUCGUUUCCACAACACUGGGCAUCUUAAAUUGUAUUUAAGUCGUAAUCUUGCACAUAUAGAAGGGAAGAGGAGUACUAUUGUGGUUGGUGUAAUUUUACAGGAGGACGCUGUGGUUCAUUCUGUUUUGCUGCGUGAGUCUUUUUUCCCAACUCAAGUAGCUAGUGAGAUUUGGUUUCUCAUGUGGAAUGAAAUAAUGAUUUGUAAA